CGACAACGAGGACAGUAGUGUACAUGAGUACGGACGACCGUCAUGGCUGUCUGCAAUCUCGUCUACGCAGCAGCUCUACUGUCGUUGGCCAAGGGAACGGGCGCUAACAAAAACAUGUCCUGCUCCACAUCUGCAAUCUGUGAGAACGGUGGUACCUGCGACAGUCAGCUUGUGUGCCUCUGUAAGGCCGGAUACCGUGGUGACCGUUGCCAAAUAGGCCCAGACUGCGGCGACGGUUGGACUCUGAACGGCUCUCGCUGCUACCGGUACUUUGCCGAGAAAACGUCGUGGAACGAUGCGAAAAGAACGUGCGAAUCGAGCAACAGUCGUCUUGUGUCCGUCGAGAAUCGAACGGACGUCGAGUUUGUGACCGACUUGGUAGCCGCUGCUGCAGCAAAUGCGACUACCGGUCCGAGUGUGUGGAUUAUUGGAUCCAGAUGGUCAUCGUGCCGAAUCAACACGUCGGUGGGUGCAAACACAGAAAACGCGUCGGGGAGCAACGAGACAUUUGCCGGCUCCUGCAAUGACACAACUGAUGGAACGGCCGGUGGUUGCUCUUCUUGCAACCGUUCCAUUUCAACGGCUGCGUGCACGAACGCUACGUCGUCGACAAACGUUUCUAUCGAUUCCUACUGCACUGCUAUGUCUGGAGGAAACUGUCUCGCUGACAGUUGUGAAGCAGUGCGCUCGUUCGUGUGUUCUCGAGGCCUGGGGUGUGAUGCUCUCUCUCCUCCAUUCCAUGGGUCAAUUAGUGGUCGUGGUGUUGGGUAUGGUUCAGUAGUCAUGUUCAGUUGCAACGACUCGGGUGGUUGGACACUGCAGGGAUCGUCGUUUCGUGAGUGCAAGUUCGAUGGAAGCUGGAGUGGAACAGGGACGACGUGUGCAAUAGAGAUGCCUACGAAGGAACCAAACACAGCACCAGAGAAUGCUACACAGAAAUUGUCGUUGACCACUAAAACGACCAUCAGCCUCUCGAUUUCGUUAGCUGGGCAUGUGUUGACCGUUCUGGCCUACCUAAUCUUCACUAACUGGUUGUGGACGAUUCACAGCAAAUCGGUUUUCAUUUCGUCUCUGUUUAUCGGAGCAACACUCGUGCUGUUCAUUGCUAAUGGUUCUAACAGAGGCACCAAUUCACACUGCCUGGCAACAUCGGUUCUUCUUCAUUUCUUCUGGUUGUUUACUUCGGUGUGGACCGUAGUCAAUGCUAUUGCCAUCGUAUUAACAAUGAAAGGCAAAGGCGACAGGGAUGUGCCAAAGUUUGCAUUCAGAGCCUUUCUAGUCGUCUUCUGCGUUUCUGGUUGUAUUGUGUUGCUAACCAUGGGACUUGACGUUACUGACACAUACGACAGAAGCAAACAAGAUGACUUCUGUGGUCCAGCCGGAUUGGGCCUCGAAUAUGGGGUUUUAACUCCAGUUUUGUUUUUCCUGGUGAUCGGCUGUGUCGUAUUCGUUGCUGGAUGUGUGUAUCUCGUCAUGAAAAUGGCCUUGUUGUCUUCCAGUCAAAAACUGUCCUACUGGUUGUAUGUCAUCGGUGGUGCUCUACAGACAGUCCUGCUCCUUAUGAGCUGGGUGUCUAUGGCUGUCUUUGCCAGUGCACGAGAAGACUACGCGUACGAGACAAGAAACUCUGCACAAGAGCUACUGCAAGUAACCGCUCCGCUUCUAGGAAUCCUAACAUUUGUCUUUAAUUGUCUCCUCCACUCUGAAGUAAUCGGAACAUUGAAAAAACGCCUGCGUUUGCAAAAUAACAGAAAGAGUUCCAGCCCAAGACCAGAAGCUGACGAUGGAAAAAAGUCCUUAAUUGCUGUAAACAAGCAUGCAUUAGAAACAGAUAACAAGACGGAGUCAUCAGCAAAGGUUACUUCUCCUCGUGCAACAGUGGCUAGAGGUGACUCAGUACAGAUGAAGGAACUAGUUCAUCCUGUAUAUCUGGUAGCCGAAGUCUAGAUUUGAAAAGAUGUCGAUAUACAAGUAGAUAGCAGAUUUUGAUCGUGUAGAGCCUCUGCAAGCUCCCUUCAUAGUGGAUAGAGUAGUCGAUUAUAUUACAGUACUGCAAUAUUGUAUGACAUGAGCAGAACA